UUAUAAUUUUACCGCCACUAAACAUUCGAAAGGUUGAAGCUUUUCGCAUAUUGAAUGUACACAUAAUGGAUCCGUUACAAAGUCAAGAAAGUGGUGAAGGAAGUAGUGUUAGUUUAGAAAAUAAUAGACAAGCACAAUUAUCUUUCAAAAAUAGCCUAAUUGAUACAGAAGCGUCUCCCAUAAGUCCACCUUAUGAUCCUGAUAUAAUUGAGAUGUUCAAUGAGGAUUCUUUUGAUGAAGAGAAUGAGGAACUUGCGUUAAAAAUUUAUAAAGGCCAGACAUUUCAAACAUGGGAUGAUGUUGAGGAUUUCUUGAAAAAAAUAUGGACUGGAACAAGGACCAAUAAAAUCGUAAAUCAAAAUGUACCGGAUGUGAAUGGAGAAUUAACAGGAAUAUGCCUAAGUGAAGAUAUGCUGGAAUUUAUCGAUUUUUGUGUAGCACAUAGUACAACUAGGGCGCGGAACAUAGAACAACUUCUAAAGGAUAAAUUUCUGGAUCGAAAAAUUUAUAAGAAAAAUUUGUAUAACGCUAUUCAGAGAGCAAAAAAAAAACUCCCAUCAAGUAAUGAUUUGGAUGCAACAAAUCUUAUGCAGCAUCUUUACCAUCUCAAAACUAAUGAUCCUAGAUGGUUUGUGGAGGCUAGGUUUGAUGUUAAAAGUUUUAAUAGAAAGAUUUAUGAUAGUGUUAAAGCGAAUUCAUCACUAAUGACUCUUGUUAAAGAAAUUCAAGAUCUGCUCAAUCGGGAAUCUGAAUAUACUUGUGUUGAAGAGUAUAAAAGUCAAGUACCAAUGAAAGUUAUCGAUGUUGCUAUCAACACUAAUUCAUAUGAUAAAUUUAUCGAAUUAUGUCAUCAAUUUCUUACAAACAAGGAAUUAAUGUUAAACAAAGACAAUCAAUCCAAAAAUAUUCCCAUCACCAAUCUUGUUAUUUCCACAAGAAAAGGAAGACCCCCUGGCAGAGCAAAAAGUGCUAUUGAAAUUCAAGAAUCGAAUGCAAGAAAACGUCGAUGUUUGUCCAAUACUGAUACUAAUAUUCAAUCAUCUGACAAUAGAAAGCAAUGCCAAAAAUGUGAACAAAAGGGUCAUAAUCGGGCUACCUGCAAAGCUGAAAUUAAUGAUAAUUAG